GCGAGGUCUCGUGUGGGUCCGGCGGCUCCGCGGCUGCUCCACUACGAGCGCCAGGCGCGCCCCGCGCCCUCCCAUCUCCGCGGGGCCGCCGGGCCGGGGGAUGCGCGCAGCGCCCGGGAGCCAUGGUCCGUUUCGGGGACGAGCUGGGCGGCCGCUAUGGGGGCGCCGGCGGCGGGGAGCGGGCCCGGGGCGGCGGGGCCGGCGGGGCGGGCGGCCCGGGCCCUGGGGGUCUGCAGCCGGGCCAGCGGGUCCUCUACAAGCAGUCGAUCGCCCAGCGCGCGCGGACCAUGGCGCUGUACAACCCCAUCCCGGUCAAGCAGAACUGCUUCACCGUCAACCGCUCGCUCUUCGUUUUCAGCGAGGACAACGUCGUCCGCAAAUACGCCAAGCGCAUCACCGAGUGGCCUCCGUUUGAGUACAUGAUUCUGGCCACCAUCAUCGCCAACUGUAUCGUGCUGGCACUGGAGCAGCACCUCCCCGACGGAGACAAGACGCCCAUGUCUGAGCGGCUGGACGACACGGAGCCGUACUUCAUCGGCAUCUUCUGCUUCGAGGCCGGGAUCAAGAUCAUCGCGCUGGGCUUCGUCCUGCACAAGGGCUCCUACCUGCGGAAUGGCUGGAACGUCAUGGACUUCGUGGUGGUCCUCACGGGGAUCCUCGCCACAGCUGGCACUGACUUUGACCUGCGAACCCUGCGGGCUGUGCGUGUGCUGAGGCCCCUGAAGCUGGUGUCUGGGAUUCCAAGUCUGCAGGUGGUGCUCAAGUCCAUCAUGAAGGCCAUGGUUCCGCUCCUACAGAUUGGGCUGCUUCUCUUCUUCGCCAUCCUCAUGUUUGCCAUCAUUGGCCUCGAGUUCUACAUGGGCAAAUUCCACAAGGCCUGUUUCCCCAACAGUACAGACGCAGAGCCGGUGGGCGACUUCCCCUGUGGCAAGGAGGCCCCAGCCCGGCUGUGCGAGGGUGACACCGAGUGCCGGGAGUACUGGCCGGGACCCAACUUCGGCAUCACCAACUUCGACAACAUCCUGUUCGCCGUCCUGACGGUGUUCCAGUGCAUCACUAUGGAGGGCUGGACCGACAUCCUCUACAACACCAAUGAUGCGGCCGGCAACACCUGGAACUGGCUCUACUUCCUGCCCCUCAUCAUCAUCGGCUCCUUCUUCAUGCUCAACCUGGUGCUGGGCGUGCUCUCGGGAGAGUUCGCCAAGGAGCGCGAGCGGGUGGAGAACCGCCGGGCCUUCCUGAAGCUCCGCCGGCAGCAGCAGAUCGAGCGGGAGCUCAACGGGUACCUGGAGUGGAUCUUCAAGGCCGAGGAAGUCAUGCUGGCCGAGGAGGACAAGAACGCAGAGGAGAAGUCCCCUCUGGAUGUGUUGAAGAGAGCGGCCACCAAGAAGAGCCGAAAUGACCUGAUCCACGCGGAGGAGGGGGAGGACCGUUUUGCAGACCUCUGUGCUGUGGGGUCCCCCUUUGCCCGAGCCAGCCUCAAGAGCGGGAAGACGGAGAGCUCGUCGUACUUCCGCAGGAAGGAGAAGAUGUUCCGGUUCUUCAUCCGGCGUCUGGUGAAGGCGCAGAGCUUCUACUGGGUGGUGCUGUGCGUGGUGGCCCUGAACACGCUGUGCGUGGCCAUGGUGCAUUACAACCAGCCCCAGCGGCUCACCACGGCGCUGUACUUUGCAGAGUUUGUUUUCCUGGGUCUCUUCCUCACAGAGAUGUCCCUGAAGAUGUACGGCCUGGGGCCCAGGAGCUACUUCCGGUCCUCCUUCAACUGCUUCGAUUUUGGGGUCAUCGUGGGUAGCAUCUUCGAAGUGGUCUGGGCUGCCAUCAAGCCAGGAACCUCCUUUGGGAUCAGUGUGCUGCGGGCACUCCGGCUGCUGAGAAUCUUCAAAGUCACGAAGUACUGGAGCUCCCUGCGGAACCUGGUGGUGUCCCUGCUCAACUCCAUGAAGUCCAUCAUCAGCCUGCUCUUCCUGCUCUUCCUCUUCAUCGUGGUCUUCGCUCUGCUGGGCAUGCAGCUCUUCGGGGGGCAGUUCAACUUUCAGGACGAGACUCCGACGACCAACUUUGACACCUUCCCCGCUGCCAUCCUCACUGUCUUCCAGAUCCUGACCGGGGAGGACUGGAACGCGGUGAUGUAUCAUGGGAUCGAGUCGCAAGGUGGAGUCAGCAAAGGCAUGUUCUCGUCGGUUUACUUCAUUGUCCUGACGCUGUUUGGAAACUACACCCUGCUGAACGUCUUCCUGGCCAUCGCUGUGGACAACCUUGCCAACGCGCAGGAACUGACCAAGGACGAAGAGGAGAUGGAAGAAGCAGCCAACCAGAAGCUUGCUCUGCAAAAGGCCAAAGAAGUGGCUGAAGUCAGCCCCAUGUCUGCCGCCAACAUCUCCAUCGCCGCCAGGCAUCAGAACUCGGCCAAGGCGCGCUCGGUGUGGGAGCAGCGAGCCAGCCAACUGCGGCUGCAGAACCUGCGGGCCAGCUGCGAGGCGCUGUACAGCGAGAUGGACGCCGAGGAGCGGCUGCGCUUCGCCACCUCCCGCCACCUGCGGCCCGACAUGAAGACGCACCUGGACCGGCCGCUCGUGGUGGAGCCGGGCCGGGACGGCGCGCGGGGGCCCGCGGGGGGCAAGGCCCGGCCCGAGGGCGCGGAGGCUGCCGAGGGCGCGGACCCGCCGCGCAGGCAUCACCGGCACCGCGACAGAGACAGGGACAAGGCCGCGGCCCCGGCCCCGGCGCCGGCGGGGGAGCAGGACCCGGCGGACGCCCCGAAGGCGGAGGGCGCGGAGCUGGGGGCCCGGGAGGAGCGGGCGCGGCCGCGCCGCAGCCGCAGCAAGGAGGCCGCAGGCCCCCGGGAGGCCCGGAGCGAGCGUGGCCGCGGCCCGGGACCCGACGGCGGCCGGCGCCACCACCGGCGCGGCUCCCCGGAGGAGGCGGCAGAGCGGGAGCCCCGGCGCCACCGCGCGCACCGGCACGUGCCCGAGCCGGGCAGGGAGGGCGCGGCGCCCGGGGCUAAGGGCGAGCGGCGAGCGCGGCACCGCGGCGGCCCCCGGGCCGGCCCCCGGGAGGCGGAGAGCGGAGAGGAGCCGGCGCGGAGGCACCGCGCGCGGCACAAGGCGCCGUCCACGCACGAGGAGGCGGAGAAGGAGGCCGCCGCGGAGAAGGAGGGCGAGGCGGAGGAUCGGGGCAAGGACAAGGAGCUCCGCAACCACCAGCCCAGGGAGUUGCACUGUGACCUGGAGGCCAGUGGGGUAAUGGGUGUGGGCCCUGUGCAUGCCCUGCCCAGCACCUGUCUAGAGAAGGUGGAAGAACAGCCAGAGGAUGCAGAUAAUCAGCGGAACGUUACUCGAAUGGGCAGUCAACCCUCGGAUCUGAGCACCACUGUGCAUAUCCCAGUGAUGCUGACUGGCCUUCCUGGGGAGACCACGGUUGUUCCGAGUGGUAACGUGGACCUGGAAGGCCAAGCAGAAGGGAAGAAGGAGGUGGAAGCUGAUGAUGUGAUGAGGAGCGGCCCCCGGCCCAUCGUGCCUUACAGCUCCAUGUUCUGCUUAAGCCCCACCAACCUGCUCCGCCGCUUCUGCCAUUACAUCGUGACCAUGCGGUACUUCGAGAUGGUCAUUCUCGUGGUCAUCGCCCUGAGCAGCAUUGCCCUGGCCGCUGAGGAUCCCGUGCAGACAGACUCGCCCAGGAACAACGUGCUGAAGUACAUGGACUACAUCUUCACAGGCGUCUUCACCUUUGAGAUGGUGAUAAAGAUGAUCGAUUUGGGACUGCUGCUGCACCCUGGUGCGUACUUCCGGGACCUCUGGAAUAUUCUGGACUUCAUUGUGGUCAGUGGGGCCCUGGUGGCGUUUGCCUUCUCAGGCUCCAAAGGGAAAGACAUCAACACCAUCAAGUCCCUGAGGGUCCUGCGUGUGCUGCGGCCGCUCAAGACCAUCAAGCGGCUGCCCAAGCUCAAGGCGGUGUUUGACUGUGUGGUGAACUCCCUGAAGAACGUCCUCAACAUCCUGAUUGUCUACAUGCUCUUCAUGUUCAUAUUUGCGGUCAUUGCGGUGCAGCUCUUCAAGGGGAAGUUUUUCUACUGCACUGACGAGUCCAAGGAGCUGGAGCGGGACUGCAGGGGCCAGUAUUUGGAUUAUGAGAAGGAGGAGGUGGAAGCUCAGCCGCGGCAGUGGAAGAAAUACGACUUCCACUACGACAACGUGCUCUGGGCCCUGCUGACGCUGUUCACGGUGUCCACGGGAGAAGGGUGGCCCAUGGUGCUGAAACACUCGGUGGACGCCACGUAUGAGGAGCAGGGCCCGAGCCCUGGGUACCGCAUGGAGCUGUCCAUCUUCUACGUGGUCUACUUCGUGGUCUUCCCCUUCUUUUUCGUCAACAUCUUUGUGGCCUUGAUCAUCAUCACCUUCCAGGAGCAGGGGGACAAGGUCAUGUCUGAAUGCAGCCUGGAGAAGAACGAGAGGGCUUGCAUCGACUUCGCCAUCAGCGCCAAACCCCUGACGCGGUACAUGCCCCAGAACAAGCAGUCGUUCCAGUACAAGACGUGGACGUUCGUGGUCUCGCCGCCCUUCGAGUACUUCAUCAUGGCUAUGAUAGCCCUGAACACUGUGGUGCUGAUGAUGAAGUUCUAUGACGCGCCCUACGAGUACGAGCUGAUGUUGAAGUGUCUGAACAUCGUGUUCACGUCCAUGUUCUCCAUGGAGUGCGUGCUCAAGAUCAUCGCCUUCGGGGUGCUGAACUAUUUCAGAGAUGCCUGGAACGUCUUUGACUUUGUCACUGUGUUGGGAAGUAUUACUGAUAUUUUAGUAACAGAGAUUGCGAACAACUUCAUCAACCUCAGCUUCCUCCGCCUCUUCCGUGCUGCCCGACUCAUCAAGCUGCUCCGCCAAGGCUACACCAUCCGCAUCCUGCUCUGGACCUUCGUCCAGUCCUUCAAGGCCCUGCCCUACGUGUGCCUGCUCAUCGCCAUGCUGUUCUUCAUCUACGCCAUCAUCGGCAUGCAGGUGUUUGGAAACAUCGCCCUGGACGACGACACCAGCAUCAACCGGCACAACAACUUCCGGACGUUUCUACAGGCCUUGAUGCUGCUGUUCAGGAGCGCCACUGGGGAGGCCUGGCACGAGAUCAUGCUGUCCUGCCUCAGCAGCCGGGCCUGCGACGAGCUCGCCAAUGCCACUGAGUGUGGGAGCGACUUCGCCUACUUCUACUUCGUCUCCUUCAUCUUCCUCUGCUCCUUUCUGAUGUUGAACCUCUUUGUGGCGGUGAUCAUGGACAAUUUUGAGUACCUUACGCGGGACUCUUCCAUCCUAGGGCCUCACCACCUGGACGAGUUCAUCCGGGUCUGGGCUGAGUACGACCCGGCUGCGUGUGGGCGCAUCAGUUACAAUGAUAUGUUUGAGAUGCUGAAACACAUGUCCCCGCCCCUGGGGCUGGGGAAGAAAUGCCCUGCUCGAGUUGCAUACAAGCGCCUGGUUCGUAUGAACAUGCCCAUCUCCAACGAGGACAUGACCGUCCACUUCACAUCCACGCUGAUGGCCCUCAUCCGGACUGCACUGGAGAUCAAGCUGGCUCCAGCUGGCACAAAGCAGCAUCAGUGUGACGCAGAGUUGAGGAAGGAGAUUUCCUCUGUGUGGGCCAAUCUGCCCCAGAAGACCCUGGAUUUACUGGUGCCACCCCAUAAACCCGAUGAGAUGACAGUGGGGAAAGUGUACGCAGCUCUGAUGAUAUUCGACUUCUACAAACAGAACAAAACCACCAGAGACCAGAUUCACCAAGCUCCUGGAGGCCUGUCCCAGAUGGGCCCCGUGUCCCUGUUCCACCCUCUGAAGGCCACGCUGGAGCAGACGCAGCCGGCCGUGCUCCGCGGAGCCCGGGUUUUCCUUCGGCAGAAGAGCUCGGCCUCCCUCAGCAAUGGCGGGGCAGUACAUACCCAAGAGGGUGGCAUCAAGGAGUCGGUCUCCUGGGGCACUCAGAGGACCCAGGAGGUGCCCUGCGAGGUGAGGACACCCCUGGAGCGUGGCCACUCCACGGAGAUCCCGGUGGUGCAGACAGGAAAACCGGCUGUGGAUGUCCAGAUGCAGAGCAUGGCCCUGAGAGGCCCUGACGCGGAGCCCCAACCCGGGCUGGAGAGCCAGGGCCGAGCUGCCUCCAUGCCCCGCCUGGCAGCGGAGACUCAGCCGACCCCAGACGCCAGCCCCAUGAAGCGCUCCAUCUCCACUCUGGCGCCCCAGCGCCCCCCUGUGGCUCGUCUCUGCAACACCGCCCUGGACCGCGCUCCGGCCAGCCAGGCCGCCCCCCACCAUCACCACCGCUGCCAUCGCCGCAGGGACAGGAAGCCGAGGUCCCUGGAGAAGGGGCCCAGCCUGUCCGCAGACACAGAUGGCGCACCCAACAGCGCCGCGGGGCCGGGGCCGGGGCCGCCCCCGGGGGAGGGGCCCGCAGGCUGCCGGCGGGAGCGCAGGCAGGAGCGGGGCCGGUCGCAGGAGCGGAGGCAGCCCUCCUCCUCCUCCUCGGAGAAGCAGCGCUUCUACUCCUGCGACCGCUUCGGGGGCCGUGAGCCGCCCCAGCCCCAGCCCCCCCUCAGCAGUCACCCCGCGUCGCCAACCGCUGGGCAGGAGCCAGGACCCCCGAGACAGGGUAGUGGUUCAGUGAACGGGAGCCCCCUGCUGCCAACAUCUGGUGCUAGCACCCCUGGCCGCGGCGGGCGGAGGCAGCUGCCCCAGACCCCGCUGACCCCCCGUCCCAGCAUCACCUAUAAGACGGCCAACUCCUCGCCCGUCCACUUUGCUGGGGCUCAGACCAGCGUCCCUGCCUUCUCCCCCGGCCGGCUUAGCCGUGGCCUUUCAGAACACAACGCCCUGCUCCAGAGAGACCCCCUCAGCCAGCCCCUGGCCCCCAGCUCUCGGAUCGGCUCCGACCCGUACCUGGGGCAGCGUCUGGACAGCGCGCCUGCUGCCCGCACGCAGCCUGAGGACACGCUCACCUUCGAGGAGGCCGUGGCCACCAACUCGGGCCGCUCCUCCCGGACUUCCUACGUGUCCUCCCUGACCUCCCAGUCCCACCCCCUCCGCCGGGUGCCCAACGGCUACCACUGCACUCUGGGGCUCAGCUCCGGCGGAGGCGGCCGGGGGCGGCACAGCUACCACCACCCCGACCAAGACCACUGGUGCUAGCCGCACCGCGACCGGCGGGCGCGUCCCAGGUGAUGAGUUCUAUCAUCCGCGCUGGGCUCCGGGGCGCUCGGGCGCUGAGGCGGGGGCAGCGGCCCUGGGAGGAGAGCCUCGGCCCUGUGUCUCCUGCUUCACGCUGGGUGGAGCGGUUUGUAGAGGGAUGUGGCUCCCUCUGUACCCCUCCCGCGCUGCCUCCCUGGGUGUCACAGCUCAGAGCCUCCACAGGACGCGGCUGCGUGUGCUGAGCGGGACUGGGUGAAGGCCCCAGCGUCCGGGCUGUGUGCUGGGAACGUUUUGCAGGAGGUCUGCAUCUUGUGCAGAUCGUCCUUUAUCCAAACGUGUGGUGCAGAGGAGCAGGCGAGACCUCAGGACAGAGUCGAUGGUGAACCGAGCAGAUCUCGUCAGCCUCCUCACACCAACGGUCCGGUGGCGCCCUUCGUACCUAAAAUGGGAAAUAGGCACUAGAAACGCACGCAGAUGCUCUGUCCUCUCCCAGACACAGUCAGCCCUGACAGGGACCAAAUCUGGACCACGUUCUUGCUGUUGGUUUUGAUUUUUAGUCACGACACCCUUCACUCGUUUGUUGACUCUAUAUACUUGAUCAAAAAAUAAAAAUAAAAAACCAGAAUAACGGGGAAGGGAAUGUUAACAUGACUGUAACACCUCAAACCUAUAGGAGGAUCUCAGCGUUUCAGGAUGUGCGUUGUUGACUUGCUCGAGGAGAUGCUCUGUGUCCAGUCCAGGCGGCCAACCAGACCCCCCCCCGCCCCGGCUCCCGCUGUUCUCGACCAAGUGCCUGACCUCCUAGCGCCUCGCGCAGGCUCCCGGGGGCGGGACGGGAGGCCUGUGUGAACUGCGAGUGGGCUUUGUGGAGACUAUUCCAAACAGCAACUGAGUAGAAAGCGGAUGUAAUGGAGAACAUGCAAAAAACAUCCAGUAGGUCCGUCGUAGUUGGAAUGAAGCGGCCGUUUGCCCCUUUUCCUCGAACCAGUAGAGGCUGCAGGGCAUGUGUAGCAUGGCCCGCGUGGGCCGGUCAGUCUUUCUACACCCGAUUCUCAGGGACAGGGUGCCUGACAGGCAGGGCGCAAUCUCUGUAGUUGUGCAAAUUUCUUUUCACAGAAGACUCAUCGGGGAGAGG